GAUCCUGUCACAUUCUGCCAACACAUCGCUCUCGAUUCCUUCACGGUCGUCCAAUCCAACACCACGUCGCUUCGCCUCUCUCACUCACACAAACUCAUACACUUGCAGACCUGCUCCGAUUUGCCUUGCAGCCUGGCCCUCGAAGGUAUUGCGCAGGAACACGGAACCGACCCCCCCAAAGCUGUCGUCCCGAACUUCUUGCCUUUUGUACGCCUUACGAUAGGCCACAACUUGCUCACAAUUCUGAUGCCCUAUGCCAGUCACCGAGCGAAUGAUGGACGUGCUAUGAAGAGAUACAGCCACCGCAGCCACCAACCUGCCACAUCCUGCACCUUGAUCGCAUCAUCCUCCCUGCAUCUGCAUCUAGUCACUUCCUCUUCCUCCGUUUCGAGCCUCCGAAAUACUGUCCUUCCCUCUCGAUAACCGCUCUCUUGUCCUCCUUUCGUCAGUUUCCGGCUGCGGUUGAAUCGUCAACAAGUCUGGCCAACUCACAGCUUGGUCACCCGGCCUUCACUUUCGCUGCCCGAUCUGCAGAGGAUACACAGACACUGUCGACUCCUCCUUGCGAAACCAUGUUGAUUGAGCUGAAGAGAAGGCAAUUGGUCGUCGCAUCACAUUUUUGAGGGACUCUCAGCCUAAGGGUGUUGGUGAAUCAUGGUCAAGGCUGAUGUCAAGCGGGACUACUAUGCGGACUUGGAGCUCCCCCCUACCGCUGAUGCAGAAGAGAUCAAAAAGCAGUUCAGACUUCUAGCGAAACAAUAUCAUCCGGACCGAAACCCCGGUCAUGAAGUCGAGGUCGUCCCCAAGUUCCAAGCUGUCCAAGCCGCCCAUGAAAUUCUGAGCGACCCUGUAGAGAAGGCCAGAUAUGACGCUGGUCGGGCGAAAUUGGCUGCUAAGACCGCCGCCACUGCUUCAACAGCAUAUGCCUCCGAUCCCUACGGUUUUCCAAGACCAAAUACUGCCAAAGCGACUCCUACAGCAAAACAACAAUUCCCCUUUCCUCCACCUCCUAAGUCGGCACAAAGUCGUGCGCCGUUUGGUGCGGCAAAUCAGAAGCAACAGGCUUCUUCUGGUGCCGACAAAUUUAAUGCAUUCACUCGAGGUGUACCACAAUCAUGGGAUCGAUCGAAAUUCGACGAGGCUCGGGCAGAGGCCGCAAGAGUUUUCCCUACCAUGAGACCUACAUCUUCCGCUCAACAAAUGCCUCCGCGGUCGACACCCAGGCAGGCCCCUACUGCUCCCAAACCCCCUUCCAGCUCAGAAAUGCCAUACGUCCCGAACAUACCGCCCACGGGUUUCCCGGGUUUAUCUAGGACGGCAAGUUCGAGGAAAUCAGACUACCACGGGGCAGAUGCGUCGCAAUUUCCCCGUUCGGCCUUCUCUUACGUUCAAGGAACGCGUGGACAACCGGCACCGAAUCCACAUAUCCAUAUCCCAGACAAUCAGUCUAUGCGAUCGCCUCCCGUUUCGAGAGCUAGGCCUGCGGUCAGCCCUCUACGGCAUGCCCGCUCUUCCGAUUACGACAUGAGGAACGAUCUUGGAGGUCGUCCGCCGUCAAGAUAUGCUGGAGCUGGCGGGGAACGAACAGACAUUAACGGAGACGGCCUACACCGUUCGUCCAGCGUCCGUAAUUCACCGAUCGAUGAUCGAGGACCUUUUGGCAGGCCCUCAACUCGCUACGAGAGUAUUCCACGUCAUCGGAGUGCUAGUCCCGGGAUGCGGAAAGCAGGAAUACAUGCAGAUUUCUCCGAGACUUCGUCUAGUGAGGAAGAACCGCUGCAUAUGAAUUCCAGACCGAAGGCUGUCCCUCGGAGCCGACCACAAGCCAGAACAGGACCCAGUUUCGAUGCAGAGAACAACCCGGGUUUGACGGGCCAAUUCCCCAGUACUAACUAUACCAGAAUCGUCGAUGACAGCCGUUACCAGUAUCCUCCGCCCGAAGCGAAAGAACCUACGCGCAAACCCUUCCCAAGCAUGGCGUCCCCAGAUGUCGAGGCACCGAAGCCUAAUGUGUUUCGUGAUGACGGAGGAGGUUUGGACAAACCCAAGUAUGCUCCCUUUUUCUUGGAUUCCCGCACAUGGUCCCGAGGAAAUAGACGUGAUGGCCCUACUCAGAGAGGAUAUUCCUUCAACGGCUUUCCGUCGUGGGCAGUUCCUUCGAGUGUUUUUCCGCAGACCACACCUCCCCGGUCUCAUAGACAGAACGGUGACACCCUCAAGGCAGGAGGCGGUCUUGAUUUCAUUCAGUCUUGGAGCAAUAACACUAACCCAACUGUCAGUAAUGACUCGGUCCACCCGAAAGCCCAGACAACAUUUUCGGCGGCGGAUUGGCACGACAAAGUGACAGCAGAAGACAUCUUCCGCCCGGAUGAGUCUCAAACGCGCAAGUCCUCUCCUUCGAAGCUGAACCGAACCGGAAGUAAACCAACGUCACGAGGAAGAGCACAGUCACGGUCGGCAGAUCAAGAACCACCCUCUGCGUCCGAGGUUCCUAACGGUCAUGGAGGAGACAAGUCAACGGCAUUCCAACCAGGAAAGUUGGCUGAUGACUGGGCUGCCAGAGCUUCCGCGAGACCAACUCCUCGCAAUCCGAGAGCAAGCCCCGGAUCUGACACAACGGACGACUCUAGAGAUCGCUACAUCGUGGUGGAAGAAGAUGCAAUGGAUGUCGACACGCCUCCCACCAAUAAUGCUAAAGCCCCUACGUCGAAUGGCAUCAAAUACCCAGUCAGUACGGGACCGCCCCGUCCCGAACCGAAACGCCGGUCGACAAAUGGAGGAGUGGACUUGAAGGAAUUCGCCCAGCAAGCUCCAUUUGCGCCGACGUCGACCGGGCUCAAAGGUAUGAAAGACGACCUCGAAACAUUCCUUCCAUUUGAGUCACGUGCGUCAAACGACGUCAACCUCAACCGUACGACGUCGGCACGGAUCCGGGCUUUGAAUCUCCCGAAACCGCCCAAAGUCGUUAUCCCGCCGGCUGAAGAUCGAUUGGAUAAGACCAAUUUUGCGCAAUACGUCGAAAAUAUGGAGAACUACAUGCACGAGUGGAACAAGUUCAAUGCGAGGAUGAUCGAGCAUUUCCGAUCCAGGCAGGAUCGCGUGUGCGGCACGAUGAGCCCGCACUGGAUUGCGCAGCCGAGCGACGGGCCAGAUGCCGAUGCUUUGGAUGCGGAUGGCAGUGGCGACAAAAAGGCAGGAUAUGGCGCGUACGUGCAGUGGCUGAAAGACGACGUGCAGUGUCGGCAUUGGUGGGACGAAGCAAACGAAAGGCAUUUGGAAUGUUUGGAGGACCUGGGAAGAACCAGGCAGGUGGCGAAGCGAAAGUUGCGGCCUUGACCAACAUGGCACGGACUCAUGGAUUCGCUACAGGUCUUUGGAGACGGAUAUGGCAUGAAGUUACGGCGAUUGAUACCGCUAAUCUGAUGCCGUGCGUGGCUUUUUGGAGCGAAGGAAUCGGGCACAGUGCAGAUAAGAUACCCUUUUUGUCCCGGCUGCCCCUUUUGCUGGCGUCGGCGAUAGUGAGAUGGAUGAGAAAAUCCUUCUGAGAUAGUUUCAGGAGACUCUGG